UUGUUUUGACCAUUUAUCAUUCUGGAAAUCUGCAAACAUUGCCUUGUGAAUCAGAAAACUUCUUACUUGGGGGCUUUGCCUCCAAGCCCUAUUCUAGAAAAUGUUCAAUUGGUAAAUAAAUAGGAAGGGGCUCUUGCAUUAUUUCCACCAGUAUGCAUACCAUCCAUGAUCCAUGGCUGGAAUAGCACCGGCUCCAGGUCGGACAGUAUCUCCAUGCUCAGGAUCCUAUUCCUGCCCACCAUGCAGAAAAGACAAACUAACAUUGCAAAGAAGAUUCUUCUUGUGGGCCUACAAGCCAUGCACCUGUGAAAGUAGCCUAAGCCUGUUGCUCAGAUUUUGGGUCACAUGUGGGCUGCAAGACACCCAUAUCAAAGAGAAUGUCGCGUGCAGCAGAACCAAAGUUACCCUCUCCAAGGGAAGCAGAAUUUCUGUUUGAUGACUGGACAAUAAAUGUGACAAAAAGCCAUAUCAUGGGGUCUCAUUGCGAGGUCCAAGGUGGAUGUGGUGAAUCCCAGGAGCCUGAAAAACUAUGUAAUCUUUGCCGAUAUGAGCAUAUUUUACAGCUUCCCUCCCUACCAGAUAUGGUCUUUGCAGACAACACCCUAAAAAUCUCUCAUAAGGGGGGAGGCAGCAUUAAAUUCAAUGCUCUAGAUGCUCUCCAGUGUGUAAAUGUACAUGAGGAAAACCUACAGGUUGCACAUGCUGAAGCAUGGAAAGAGGCAAGGUCAGACUGUGAGUUUGCCCAGAAGGUUGUAAAACCUUAUGACUGGACAUUCACCACUGACUUCAGGGGAACUUUAGAUGGCAAUUUAGUGGCCGAGAAAACUUCUGAGCGUAUUGACCUGGAUAAAUUACGAGUUCGAGAAGAAAUUAAAUUCUACGAUGAAGUUUUUCUCUAUGAAGAUGAAUUGGAUGACAAUGGAAGCACUCGAUGUGUUGUGAAAGUGCGAGUAAUGCCAAGUGGUUUCUUUGUGGUUUUCCGGCAUUACUUACGUGUGGAUCAAGUAAUUGUUAGAGUAAAUGAUACAAGAUUAUACAGCCCUAGAGGUGCUUCGUAUAUCCUGAGAGAGACCUCGUCGAGAGAAGCCCCAAUUUCCAAAUUAAAGGUUGAUGCCUCUGUAUACAAAGAUCCAGAUGUGGUGUGGCAGCAUCUUCCACUAGUGAGAGAAACAGUUGAUAAGUUAGUUGUGGUGUAGUAGUUUUCAUCUGUCAGUGGUAAAUUAAUGUUAUAUAUUUUUUUCUGUUGAGUUUUCCCCCUUGUCACUUUUUUUCCUUUUUUUUUUAAGAAGAAAAAUCAAGGGUUUGACUGUCGAUACAAACUGUCUUGUAGAUUAGUUUGUUUUUGUAAAGGCAUGAUUUGUUUGGGGAAGAAAGACACUGUUUAGCUGGGGGCUUUGUAAAAUUCAUUACUUAAUAUGCAGUAUAAUAUUUCUGCUCACUGGUAUUGUGAUCUAGCAAGUUUAUGGCAAAGCAUUAAUGAAGUACAUAUAUGAAAUUAGUAUGCAAUCUCAGAUUGUAUGUACAAAAGUGUCUUUUUUCAUUAUGUGCUAAAGAUGUGAAUAAUUUAUAAUCAGGAGAGUCAUGAAUAGAAGGAUCUCAUAUCACAUCA